UCUUGUAAAUAAUAAUAAUGAGUUCGGCUAAAAGUGAGGAAAUUACUAAUUUUGAAAAUACAUUCUCAAAUGAUGAUGAGUGUUGUGAUGGUGUGAGUUCUAAGCUCGGCAAACAACAAUCACAAUCUAAGCUUAAAGUUGGAGCUGGAGGUGAUGAUGGCAAUGCUGCAGAAGAUUUCGAUGCAUGGAUGAAAUCUCGUCAACUUCUUAAACCAGAAGAUCAACUUGAUCUAACUGAAGCUGAAUUGGGAGAGGAAAUAACAAAAGUCCUUACACCAACUAAUACCAAUGUUGUUGAGAAUUUAGUUGCAUACAGUUUCAAGGAGAAAGCUUUUGUUCCGCUUCCUCUUGAAGGUAGCGUUGUGAAUAUUUUCAGCUUUGAGGGAACUUGCUUGCACGUUGAAUCAGAGGAGGCACAAAAACAAAUCGAAGAAUAUGGUGAUGCCGGUUACGCAAUUCCACCUCCGAAGGCUGCCAAAUCAGUUGCCAUAAAUGAGGAUGCCCUCGCCGCUCAAAGAUCGACUAUGGGAUCAACUGGAGACUCUGAAGGUGGGGGUGGUGAUGAAGAACCUGCUGUUGAAGAAACUGAAGACGAAGGUGGCGAGGGUGAGGAAGUUAUUGGCGAAGGUGAGGGUGAGGUGGAAGGCGAAGAAGCAGGUGAUGCUGGCGAUGGGGAUGCAGUUGCAAAAGAAGUGCCUGGAUCUGCUGGUGGUGGAACAAAAAAACGUAAAUUGAUAAAUCAAUUUAACUUCUGUGAACGUGCUGCAUUAACAUUCACCAAUCCAACAAGGUGUGUGGAGACUCAAACCAUUCCACCACCCAGAUCAACAUUUGGUAGCAAUGUCCUUCAAUGGGUAAUUUAUGAUAGUUACACAGAAGAUUUUGCACAGCAACAGAAAGAAAAAGAAAAGGAAAAGAAGCAAAAUGCAGCUUUAAAAAAAGAUGCAGAAAAAAGAGAUGAACAAAAAGAAGCUGCAGUCGAAUUAAAUAAGAAAUACCUCAAAUGUUGGCAAAUCCUUGAGCGUAUGAUCAAUCAAAAUAUUUAUCAUGAUAUUGCAAGUGAUUAUCGAUAUUGGGAAGAUCCUUCGGAUGAGUUUCGUGAAGGUGAAGGCACACUACUGCCAUUGUGGAAAUUUAACUAUGAAAAGACUAAGAAAAUGAAUGUUACCGAUGUCAUGUUUAAUCCAAAUUAUUAUGAUCUUUUUGCAGUUUGUUUUGGAUCACAUGAAUUUAUGAAACAACCAGCUGAGGGAGCUAUUUGUUUGUUUACCAUAAAAAAUCCUUCAUUUCCAGAUUAUAUAAUAAUGACUGAAAGUGGUGUCAUGUGCUGUGAUAUUCAUCCAAAAUACCCAUUUCUAGUGGCAAUUGGAAUGUAUGAUGGAAAUGUAGCAGUUUAUGAUCUCAAGGAUACAUCGAAGGGAGCUCUCUAUAUGUCUCAAGGUGUGAAUGGAAAACACUCGGAAAGUGUUGCUGAGUUAAAAUGGGGUCCAGAUUUGGCUGAUGGUGAAAUAAACUUCUACACCGCUUCAUCAGAUGGUCGAGUUUUCAAUUGGGUCUUGAUGCAACAUAAGUUUUCCAUCACAGUUAUUAUAACAUUGUUUUUAGACAAUGGCACAAUCGAAGGUCCUGAUGGAACACAAAUGCGACUUAAAGGAUGUGCCACAUGUAUGACAUUUCACCCUACCCAGCCAGAGAUAUUUCUCAUUGGUACAGAAGAAGGACUUAUUUACAAAUGUAGCACAGCUUACAGUUCGAAAUAUCUUAUAACAUACAAUGCACAUUAUCUCUCGGUUUAUCGAAUUGACUUCAAUAAAUUCAAUUCGAAUAUAUUUGCAUCAUGCAGUGGAGAUUGGAGAAUAAAAAUAUGGGAAGAUAUGCGAAGUGAACCAUUGUUCAUCUUCGAUUUGGGAUCAUGCGUGGGAGAUGUUAGAUGGGCACCAUAUUCCAGUACAGUAUUUGCAGCAGUAACUUCUGAAGGAAAAGUCUAUGUUUUUGAUUUGAAUGUGAAUAAGUAUAAGGCGAUUUGCAUACAAGCGGUUGUUCCAAAAAGAAAGAACAAACUUACAAGAUUGGCUUUUAAUCAGAAAUUACCUUUUAUAAUUGUUGGAGAUGAUAAAGGUACCACAACUUCUUUAAAACUAUCACCUAAUUUGCGAGUGAUGGUAAAACCACCCAAAAAGCAACUUUAUUUGGAUCAACAGACACUUCAAAUACAAAAACUCGACAGAAUACUUUCGUUGGUAAGGGAGUUGCCCGAAGGAGAAGUCAUCAAAGAUACUACAACAACAGUUCAAAGUUAAUUUUUUGUUAUUUUGAAGAUAAAGGAAAUCGUUUUGUAUGAAAUUGUAAAUAAUAAUAAAAACAAAUUUUGGAA